AUGGGUGAAGAGUUUCAGCCAUCUCACUGCAUGACUUUUCACCUUCAUGCUCGCCUGCAAUGGCGUCACUCACCGCCGGUUCUUAGGACAGGUUCUUGGCGUGCAGCAUUUCAUAGAGCAAGAGGUCUCAUUUCGCGGUAUAAUCUCCAUUCUCGACACAGAUUUCUGGAAGAUCUAUCUUGCCGUAGCCAAGAAGUCAUUGUCCUGCUUGAGGUUGAAAAAUCAUUAUCGAGGAUGAAGAACGAGAAAAAAUAUCUUCAUUGGAGGUGGAGUAUGCCUUCUUAG